UUCAGCUGCUUAGUGUACUGAACUAAUCAGGUCAAGGACAUGGGUGGAUUUCACUCUGGUUAACUCAUAUGACUUCUGCAGCACAAAGCCACAUAAUUUCCCCUGACUCUGGACAAUGUACUACAAAUCCUCCGGGACUUGAGAGGCUCAGCCGACCUGCUGACAGAAAACCGAUAUGGCGACCACUCUGGGCAGCGGAGAGCGCUGGACCCAAGAGGGAAUUUGACAGACGCGGGUCCCUGAGCUCACAGAACUGUCAGUCCACAGAGAGAGUUUGACCGGUUAACAGCCUUUUACAAAACACGGCCACUUACAUUGAUGCAAUUAGAAGAGACAAAUACCCAGAAGACAAGCGGCCUGACAGCCAUGAUCCCUGCGGUUGCUGUGACUGCAUGAAGGCGCAAAAGGAAAAACAGUCUGAGAAUGAGUGGACUCAGACCCGGCAGGGAGAGGGGAAUGCCACUUACACAGAGGAACAGCUACGUGGGGUACAAAGAAUCAAGAAGUGCAGAAAUUACUAUGACAUCCUGGGUGUUUCUCACAAUGCCAGCGAUGAAGAGCUUAAGAAAGCGUACAAGAAGCUUGCCCUGAAGUUUCACCCCGACAAGAACUGUGCUCCUGGAGCAACAGACGCCUUCAAAGCAAUAGGAAAUGCCUUUGCAGUCCUGAGCAAUCCCGACAAGAGACUCCGCUAUGAUGAAUAUGGAGAUGAGCAGGUGACUUUCACUGUCCCUCGAGCCAGAUCUUAUCAUUAUUACAGAGACUUUGAAGCUGACAUCUCUCCAGAAGAAUUAUUUAAUGUGUUCUUCGGAGGACAUUUCCCUUCAGGAAAUAUUCACAUGUUCUCAAAUGUGACAGACGACAGUCAGUAUUAUCGCCGGCGGCACCGCCACGAGAGGACACAGACACAUAAGAGAGAGGAAGACAAGUCUCAGACUCCAUAUUCGGCAUUUGUUCAGCUGCUUCCGGUUCUGGUGAUCGUGACUAUUUCUGUCGUUACUCAGCUGCUCGCUGCUAACCCCCCAUAUAGUCUGUUCUAUAAAUCAACCUUGGGCUAUACCAUUUCUAGAGAAACGCAGAACCUGCAGGUGCCUUACUUCGUGGAUAAACACUUUGACAAGGCCUACCGAGGCGCUUCCCUUCGUGACCUGGAGAAGACAAUAGAGAAGGAUUACAUUGAUUACAUCCAGACAAGUUGUUGGAAGGAGAAACAGCAAAAGUCGGAGCUGACCAAUUUGGCGGGGUUAUACAGAGAUGAGCGACUUCGGCAGAAAGCAGAGUCACUGAAACUCGAAAACUGUGCAAAGCUUUCCAAGCUCAUUGGCCUGCGCAGGGCCGGCUGAGAGGCCAGCGACCCUGCUCUGGGUGGGGGGUUCUUACCCGUUACGAUUGCAUUGCAAAUCCCAUUUUAUAAUACAAGUUAGGAGAUAUGAGCACUUUACUAUCUGCUGACUUUGUUGGGCAGAGCUGCAGUGAUUGGAGACUUGUCCCCUCCGGUCCUUCCCCAGGCCUGGCUCCCAGGGCAGGACAGUUGGUCUUAGUCACAGGCAUGGUAAACUCUGGACCCGACUCCUCUGUGAAGUAGGUCAGGGCAUCCCAGAGACGACCCACAUUCCGUCCUUCAUCCUGUCUGCAGCAAAAGCCCACUACGUAGGCAUGUCUAGGCUUAGCCAGUGCACUGCAGAGUAUUGGUGGUGUCUGCCAAGAAUUAUACCUCUCCUGCUGUAGAGUCACCACCUCCCCCGAUUUUCAGUUUUCUACUCCCUAAGGACUGUAGAGAAAUUGAACUAUGUAGCCAACAGUUCAGUGUUAUCCAAAUCUCUGUUGAGUCAGGACCAUAAGCAAAGCUGCCUGAUUUGAGGUUUCAUUUUUGAGAGAAGGGCUCACUCUGCAGCCCACACCAGCCUGGAACUCACUACCUAGUCCAAGCUGGCCUGAGUCUGCAAUGAUUCUCCUGCCUGAGCCUCUUGAGAGCUGGGAUUUCAACGGUGAGCCACCAUAGCCGGUGAGGCACCUUUAUUGUCUUAGUCUUCUCUUUCAGACGCCUAAGAAGUCAAACCUGGCUGAGCAGGCUGGGUGUGGUGGCCUGCAUCGUUAAUCUUAGCACUCAGGAGGCACAAGCAGGCCAUUCUCUGAGUUCUGGAUUACAUAUCAGUUCCAGACCAGCCAAAGUUACAUAAUGAGACCUUGCCUCAAACAAACAAACAAACAAACAAACAAAAAAACCUGCUGGGCUGGGAGACAGCUCAGUGAACAGCCCAGCAGCAGGUAGCGGGGCUAAGGGAGAAGAUGAAAUCUAAGACUGUCAGCUCUUCACUGUAGAUCCCCUGGUCCAUUUCUGAACUGGAGAACACUCCCUGUGUCCCUCCCUUUAAAUCAUCAUUUAGUGUUACCAGUUGUAUGAUGAGCACAGGAAUGCACAGAAGGGCAGGAGCCAAACCCAAGAGGAGACACAGGCACAGAGACACAGAGGGAAGAGUCUGUCACCAUGGCAUGGGAGGCUCAGAGUCAGCAGCCAUUUUGUCUGGUGAGUGCCCUGCACAUUUUAGUGUGAGAUAGUGAUGUGACCUUUCACCCAUUCAAUAUUUAUGUAGUGCCUACUGCAAAGAGGCCUUUCACUCACGUGGUGUUCUGUUUUGUUUUUUCACUUAUUCCUCCUAAGUUUGUGAAACUGGUGUGUUAGCCCUUUUAUGAAUCAGAGCAUUGGCCAGAGAGGAUGAAUGGUCGGCCUAGGUCAUAUGUCUAGGUGAGGAAAUAAUGUGUGAGAGAAGUCAUCCUUUUUCUCGGGUGAUUCUAGCCAGGUUGGCAAAGCAGACUUACCCAUCCUCCAGGACACCUCCGCCCCCACCUCGAAUCCUUUCCAGGCCAUCCUUAGUCCCUACAGGGCUGCUUCCCAGCUGGGCUUUUAGAAGCAGGAUCAGGGCUGGAGAGAGGCUGGGCAAUUAGAAGAGCACUGGCUGCUCUUCCAGAGGACUCAGGUUCAAUUCCCCGC